AUGCGGAUAACAGCUGCGGAACCUGGCAAGGUCAAUUUCGAACUACCCAUUGAGAAGCAGCACACGAACCGCUUAGGGAUACUCCACGGCGCCACUCUAGCCACCAUGGUCGAUACUAGUGGCUCACUUGCUCUGGCAUCUCGUGGCCUGUACUCGACAGGAGUUUCGACAGAUCUCAGCGUGACCUACCUCAACGCAGGGGGUAAGAUCGGUGAUUUGGUCAAAGGCGAGGUCAUCUGCGACAAAUUCGGCAAAACCCUCGCAUACACUUCGGUCAAGUUCAUGAACAAGAAUAACGAGAUCGUGGCUCGAGGAAGCCACACCAAAUUCGUCGCCCUCGCCUGGAAGGACGAGAGAAAUAUUACAGAGGAUCUGAAACCCGAAGUCAGCGAAUCCAAAGCCAGUGAAGUCACGCGGACGAGUUUCAAGUGA